AUGAUGAUGACGUGCCGUCUGCUGUGCGCCCUGCUGGUGCUUGCCCUGUGCUUCUGCUCGUCCGUGUUCGCGUCAGAGUCUGAGACGGCUCAGGUUGAAGAUAUUGUUAGCGGAACCUAUUCAGCGUCUCAUGUACCAGGAGGACCACCGGGGGUCAGUGAGCCGCUGCCACCAAUUACGUUGUCCACUGCGCGAGGGGCACCAAUGACUGUGAUCGGUCAACCAAUGUCGUCAGGUGAGGUGUCCGGUUUGGUACCGAGAAAAGGUGGCGGAAGGAGAGCAGAUGUGGCUGAUGCGUUACAGAAAAAAGAUAGGAUUGAUAUGACAGCGCCAGAGACUUCAGAUACAAGUCCGGCAGAUGGUCUGCUAGGGAAUCAAGAUAGAGAGGGCUUGGAGCCUAGUACAAAAGAGCAAACAGUUCUGGGGACCGGUGAGGGCGGUACGACAGUAUCACAAAGUCGCACGAGACAGCCGGCAGAAGAAACAGUUGAGAGCGUCGGAGGCCUUGCCAAGACGACUAAGACCACUAAAAUAAAGUCACCAGAGGGAGCAUCACCGGGGGAUUUGCCAGCGAAAGCAACAGAUCUAACACCUUCACCGCCAGUGGAAGGACCACUCCCCAAUGCAGAUAAGGCGCCGGUGCCGCAGCCAGAGGAAGACUCAGUGAGCAUGAAGCCAAACAAAGAUUUGGCAGAAGAGGAUAUCGCCACCACCGUAGACACAGAUCAGAAUGAAACAUCCAGCGGUAGAGCCACAUCAACCACAACAACAACCCUCGUUGCCAGCAAUAAUGCAAAUAACGAAGCAGACAGAAGCACUGGAGAAGAUAUUCCGAACAAUACACCGGAUUCCGAUGUGUCAGGGACGGAAGAAAGGCGGGAUGAAAAUAAAUAUAAUAAUACGAAGGAAACACCGGUCCAAUUCGCGGAUAUAAAAAGUGUCACGGUGGCAUCUGGCAACAGUGACAGCAGCACCGCAGUCUCUCACACCUCCCCUCUUUUGCUUCUUCUUGUUGUUGCUGCUGCUGCGGUGGUGGCCGCGUGA